CCCAGCCCUGCGGGGCGGGCAGCAUGGUUCACUCCAGCAUGGGGGCUCCAGAAAUAAGAAUGUCUAAGCCCCUGGAGGCCGAGAAGCAAGGUCUGGACUCCCCGUCAGAGCACACAGACACUGAAAGAAAUGGACCAGACACUAACCAUCAGAACCCCCAGAAUAAAACCUCCCCGUUCUCCGUGUCCCCAACCGGCCCCAGCACCAAGAUCAAGGCUGAAGACCCCAGUGGCGACUCAGCCCCAGCAGCACCCCGCCCCCCCCAGCCGGCUCAGCCACAUCUGCCCCAGGCCCAACUCAUGUUGACGGGCAGCCAGCUAGCCGGGGACAUACAGCAGCUCCUCCAGCUUCAGCAGCUGGUGCUUGUCCCCGGCCACCACCUCCAGCCACCUGCUCAGUUCCUGCUGCCACAGGCCCAGCAGAGUCAGCCAGGCCUGCUACCGACGCCAAAUCUCUUCCAGCUACCUCAGCAAACCCAGGGAGCUCUUCUGACCUCCCAGCCCCGGGCCGGGCUGCCCACACAGGCCGUGACCCGCCCCACGCUGCCCGACCCGCACCUCUCGCACCCGCAGCCCCCCAAAUGCUUGGAGCCACCAUCUCACCCCGAGGAGCCCAGUGACCUGGAGGAGCUGGAGCAGUUCGCCCGCACCUUCAAGCAACGCCGCAUCAAGCUGGGCUUCACACAGGGUGACGUGGGCCUGGCCAUGGGCAAGCUCUACGGCAACGACUUUAGCCAGACGACCAUCUCCCGUUUCGAGGCCCUCAACCUGAGCUUCAAGAACAUGUGCAAACUCAAGCCCCUUCUGGAGAAGUGGCUCAACGACGCAGAGACUAUGUCUGUGGACUCAAGCCUGCCCAGCCCCAACCAGCUGAGCAGCCCCAGCCUGGGCUUCGACGGGCUCCCCGGCCGGAGACGCAAGAAGAGGACCAGCAUCGAGACAAACGUCCGCUUCGCCUUAGAGAAGAGUUUUCUAGCGAACCAGAAGCCUACCUCAGAGGAGAUCCUGCUGAUCGCAGAGCAGCUGCACAUGGAGAAGGAAGUGAUCCGCGUCUGGUUCUGCAACCGGCGCCAGAAGGAAAAACGCAUCAACCCCUGCAGUGCAGCCCCCAUGUUGCCCAGCCCGGGGAAACCGGCCAGCUACAGCCCCCAUCUGGUCACACCCCAGGGGGGCGCCGGGACCUUGCCAUUGUCCCAAGCUUCCAGCAGUCUGAGCACAACAGUUACUACCUUAUCCUCAGCUGUGGGGACGCUCCACCCCAGCCGGACAGCCGGAGGGGGCGGGGGCGGGGGCGGGGCCGCGCCCCCCCUCAAUUCCAUCCCCUCUGUCACUCCCCCACCCCCGGCCACCACCAACAGCACAAAUCCCAGCCCUCAAGGCAGCCACUCGGCUAUCGGCUUGUCGGGCCUGAACCCCAGCACGGGCCCUGGCCUCUGGUGGAACCCUGCCCCUUACCAGCCUUGACGGCAGCGGGAACCUGGUGCUGGGGGCGGCUGGCGCAGCCCCGGGGAGCCCCGGCCUGGUGAC